AUGAAGGAAAAGGAUAAAGAAGAAAAUGAAGUUGAAUUAAAGGAUAAUGAAUUUUUGGAAAAUGAUGAGGGAAAAAUUGAUAAAUUUGAAAAGGAAAUUGAUUUGGGAAGGGAGGAGAAUGAAGAGGAGUUGAAGAAGGAUGGGGAGAUAAUGCCGAUAGAAGACUGUUUUGUUGAAAAAUCAGCAGAAACAACAGAAGAAGAAAAGAAAACAACAAAAUCAGAACAAGUUGAAACGACAAAAGAAAUUAAACAAUCAAUUCCUUUAAUUCCUCAAACACUUCCAGAAAACCAAUUAAAUAAUUCUUAUAUUCCUCCCCCAAGUCGAAUACCCUCAGCAAUACCCUCAACAAUUAAUGGAAAAUCACCAAAAAUUCCUUUAAAAUUUUCUUCUUCAAAUAGAAAAACUUCUUCAAAUAAUUGUGUAAAACCUCCACCACUUCCGCCUAGACCACCUCCACAAAUUAAUGGACAAAGUAAUGGAACUACGCCUGUAGUGAAGGAAUCUUUUUUGACUGUAAUGGCAGCAAAGAGAAAAGCUGCUUCUGGAAUUGCUAGAAGACAGAAACUGAAUGGAAGGCGAGUUUUUAGAAAAAUAAAAUAA